AUGCCGGAAUAUAUCAUCAACGGUGUACCGGUGAACUUUCCGUUCGAACCGUACCAGCUGCAGAAAGAUUACAUGUCCAAAGUGAUUGAAUGCCUGCAGAAUAAAACGAAUGGCAUCUUGGAGUCCCCCACGGGGACUGGUAAAACGCUAAGCCUGCUAUGCUCUUCCCUGGCGUGGUUGGUGUCAAUGAAGUCUAAGCUAUCGCAGGCCCGUUCUGAAACACUCGAUACACUCCAUCUGCCAGAGCUGAGCAAUAUGAAAAACAACAAUCUUACCCCGGAACAGGCACAGGCAUUGCAGCAACAGAACAGGGAUGCGAAGGUGAAAAUAAUAUAUGCAUCCCGCACCCACUCUCAGUUGUCCCAAGCAAUGCAGGAGCUAAAAAACACUAGCUACCUUAUGGUGCGUGCGGUGAUACUCGGUUCCCGCGAUCAGUUGUGCAUACACGGCGAGAUUUCAAAGCAGGAAAACAACGCCAUCAAAACAACCCUGUGCCGUGAGGAGGUGAAAACGCGUAAAUGCACUUUCUACAACCGAGUAGAGUAUGCGAAGGAUCGGUCGGACGUUACCUCCGUACCGGUGCUGGACAUUGAAGAUCUUGUCACGGUCGGCCGGAAGAUAAAGGCCUGCCCGUACUACCUAGCAAAAGAGUUGGUGGACCAGGCGGACGUAAUUUUUAUGCCGUACAACUAUUUGCUAGAUCCCAAAGCACGUAAAUCGAACGGUCUAACGCUGCAGAACAGUGUCAUUAUACUGGAUGAGGCACACAAUGUGGAGAAAAUGUGCGAAGAAAACGGUUCGGCACAGUUACGGUCGUCGGAUAUUGCGGUAGCGAUCGAGGACACGUCCACUGUCAUCAAGGUGUUUAUGGAUUCUGGUGGAGCUGCCAGCACGAUGGAUGCGGAAAAGCAGCUCGACUUUACGCUGGACGAUUUAGUGCUGCUGAAGGAAAUUUUGCUUAAUUUGGAGAAGGCGGUGGAUGACAUUUCCAUUAUGUUUUCCCAAGGAGGAACCACGCAUCCGGGCACUUAUAUAUACGAUUUGCUUGAGAAGGCGAACAUAAAGUUCGGCAACGUUAAUGUGAUUUUAAAAGUAGUUAACUCGGUCAUCACUCACCUCACUACCGCCAUGUCGAACAACUUCGUGCGUCGUGGUGCCGGUCUCCAGUCGCUGACCGAUUUCCUCGAGGUGGUUUAUUCCGGUAAUGGUCCGGAGUACCGGCAGUCUGUUGAAAAAUGCUUUCGUGUGCACAUAGAGCACGAGGAAUCGAAACAAUCAACCAAGGGCAACGUCAAACGUGCGGACGGUUGGACGGCAACGAAGCAAAACAUUAAAGCACCGGCAAAAUCCAACUCCAAAGUGAUCAACUUUUGGUGCUUCAACCCCGGGUUCGGUAUGAGACAGCUUUUGGAUAGCGGUGCACGAAGUAUUAUACUCACCAGCGGUACGCUAGCACCACUGAAACCGCUCAUCAGCGAGCUCAACAUGCCGGUUACGGUCACUUUGGAGAAUCCGCACAUUAUCGACCGGAGCCAGGUGUACGUGAAGGUAAUAUCGCACGGACCGGAUCGGAUGGAGCUGAACUCGAGCUUCAAGAAUCGCUCCAAUCCGGAAUAUAUUGCUUCACUCGGCCGGACGGUACUGUCCCUGUGUCCGAUCAUACCGGGCGGCUUGCUUAUCUUCUUCCCGUCCUACCCGAUGCUGAACAAAUGCUCGGAAGACUGGCAAGCGAGCGGCAUCUGGGCGCAAAUUAACCGCAUCAAACCGAUUUUCACCGAACCGCGCGGCAAAGAUUCCUUUCUGUCGACGAUGUCGGAGUAUUAUGCGAAGGUGCGUGACCCGGCAGCCCGGGGUUCCAUUUUUAUGGCCGUAUGCCGGGGUAAGGUAUCGGAAGGGUUAGAUUUUUCCGACGCAAACGGGCGUGCGGUUAUGAUCACUGGGUUACCUUUUCCACCGAUGAUGGAUGCGCGUGUGAUACUGAAGAAGCAAUAUCUCGACAUGAAUCGUACGCGCGAAAAUGAGCUCAUCCCCGGGAACGAAUGGUACGCACUAGAAGCGUCCCGUGCCGUGAACCAGGCAAUCGGGCGCGUUAUACGCCACAAACAUGAUUUCGGUGCGAUAUUGCUGUGUGAUUCGCGGUUCCAAAAUCCACGCCAGGAGUCGCAGCUAUCCGCGUGGAUACAUGCCCACCUGCGAGAGGGACGCAGUGCGCCCAACUUCGGCACGAUAGUUGGUGAAAUGGCGCGUUUCUUUCGCACCAUGGCAAAGUUAGACGUACCAGCACGAGUGCGGGAAGUUAGUACGAUUAAGGUGGAAAAUGAUGAAACGGAGAAGCUUCAUGCUGGGCAAGAUAAGCACCCCCUGACGCCUAAUACCGCACAAACACGGUACGACCAGGGAGCUAGCAGCAGCGGACUGGUUACGGUAUACAAACGCGAACGGAAGGAUGACGGCGAGGUGCUAGAAUCAACCAAAGCAUUCUCCGAAAUGGAUCUAGUGACGCGAAAGAAGCGUAAAAUAGUGCUUGUACCGCAGAAGUUCGUUAAAACCGAACCAACCGGAACGGAAAAUAUGCCGAUCCCAGUGGACGCAGCAGUGAAAGUUGAGAAAGACAAGUCCGAAGGACAGGAACCACGAGUAGCACCGGAAAAUAGAGUAGACUUCCUCCGCGAGGUGAAAUUUUCACUCGACGCAGCAGACUAUAAGCUGUUCCUGCAGGCGCUGGUCGUAUACAACAGGGACAGUAAUUUUUCGGCCUUCAUGGAGCGCAUGGUUUCAUGUUUUAAAAAUCCAUCGUUGUUCUAUCUGUUAAAGGCGAUGCGAAGAUUUGUUAAACCAGAACACAAACAACAGUUCGAUGCACGGAUAGAACAAAUAACGCUGCAACCUGUUGAGACGUCGAGCGGGUUGAGGGCUUUGCUGUGA